CGAAAACUGCUUGACCUCGGACUUGAUCGGAAAUCGGCUGAAAUCGGAUACAGACUCGGGAUCAAACGGAGUAGUCGAAUGACUGACUGAGUCAUCGAUCAUACGAAUGCUGCUUUAUGCUUCCCACUGUGGCCCCGUUUCUUCCGCACAUGCUGUGGGCCCCCAGGCUCCCCCUGACAUGCCGCUGCGGGCAUUAACGGCCGCGAGAUGUGUCUGUGUCUGACCUGACAGUGGCGCAAUCUCGCAUUUUAUUUCUUUCCCCUUCCACACGGUUCAGCUUGGAACCUGUGCCUUCGGUCCACGGGGCCAGCACCCCAUCCGGCGAGCUCAGAGGAGCCAGCAGCGCUUCUCUGCACGCAGGAUGAUCCUCCACCCAUCUGGCCCGCCGGCGACAUCACCUGUCCGGUCCGAUGACGCAACCGCGGAGACUUCUGCCCUACGCGGCACAGGCAGAAUGCAGUGAGUGCGCGGCGUACAUCUGCCUAUAUAUACACCGCCCCCUCCCCUUACUCUCCGCCCCAUCUCCCUUCGCUUUCCUCCUGCGCCUCUUUUCUUCUCUCUCCCCUCCCUCCGCCCUUUCGUUCACGACCCACGACCCACGAUGAAAUCCACGACCGCCUUCGCCGCCGCCGCCGUGCUCAUGUCCGCGAUGUUCUCGAUCCGCAGCGUCGGCGCCCUCCCGCUGGACGCCCGCGACGUCUUCGUCCCGCCCGUGCUCUACCCGCACGCCGGGACCGUCUGGGGCGUCGGGCAACAGCACCACGUCGUGUGGGACACGUCCAACGCGCCGAAACAGAUCACGAACGGAAAGGGCGUAGUCAUGCUCCGCAAAGCCAACAUCACGACACCUCUCAUCUUGGGCGAGGGCUUCGACAUCUUGCUUGGCCGGGUUCAGGUCACCGUCCCGUGGGUGAUCGAGGGGGACGACUACCAGCUUGUUUGUGCGUCCUCGUGCUCUUCCGUGCUCGUGCUUUACCAUGUUCUGAACGGGUUCGUUUUCGGAUUAUAGUGUUCGGCGACUCGGGCAAUUUCAGCCCGUUCUUCACGAUCCAGGGCGGUGGAAUCUGAUCCUUCAGGCAUUGCCGAGGUCUUUCACGAACGCCUUCAAUCACACAUUGGACAUUGUAUCGCAACACGUAUUGUAUGUACACAUACUGACUGGCCGUACUCCACCAUCUUCCUUGCGGAACGUGGUUGUAUUGUAUCAUCUGCGACCAUGUACAUUACCGGUACCUUCGAACACGAACUUUUUGUGCUCCAGCCCAGGGAUCAG